CCACCUUCUUCCCCCCCAUCCCAGAGCAAUCCACGUCCCUAAACCGAACCCAAAAAGCUUCCCUUCCCUUGGCCUUUUCCACUUCUGCCAUUCUUCAUUUCGUGCUCUCAUCACGUUGCCUCCUUCCGCUUCCCUCGACCUGAACAAACAAGCGAACGCUAUCCUCGUGGCCAAACCUUGAAACCGGACGACAGCACGAGAGCAAUCGGCCACUUGCUUCGCCCCUCGUCUGUCCCAUUUCUCAGCUAACGGCAUUCACGACCUCGACCUUACCGUACCCUUGGUUGCUUCACCGCACGAAGUUGACUAGCGACCCUCUCUUCCUCCUUCUCCCUUCUCUCACGUAUUGCUCUCGGAGAUCUUCAUCCGCGUUUGAGCUAUCAAUAAAUCUCCUUCCCGGUCCUGCCAGUUCUUCGCUCCAGUAUACGGUUGACAGCAUCCUCCUACCUCAAUAGUCGGUGGCCAAUAUCACGAAAGCUAGCGAGCUCCCCGCCCAGAUCAUCAUCACCCUACUAGCUAGCUCCUCCCGCUGUGGUAAGUAAUAGCUCCCGUCCAUUUAUUGCCACGCGCAGCCCCAGCCCAAUUGUCAAGGUUAAGCCCAUCAAACACCGGCCUUCCCUUGCUUGUCAUCUCGCUUCAACAGCUUCUGCUCUUCGCAGCCUUCUUGUUAUCUGCACCGGACUCUUGAUACCAACUUGAGAGUCCCUGGUAUUCAUCUUAUCCCAUCUCUCCUUCCCUUGUUCACGUGGUAUCUAUUCGGAAUCUUGCCACCCUACUACGUCAGAGCUCUUCCAGCCUGUUGAACACGAUCCGCCUCAUUUCAUUUCCUUGCCUGUACCCUACGCAGUCGUUGGCCAGCGGUGUCCAGCUUGAUUGGUGCAGCCUGAACGCGGGGACGAAGCAUUAGGUGCUUCUUUACUUGCACCCUGCUCAACGACCCCACCAAUUUCGCAACAUUCUUUUAUUCACCAUCCACCCCGAAGACCUCAGCGAACCUGGCAACCCUCUGGCAACCCUCCAACAUUCCUCACACUACUGCCUGGACGUCGUGGGCCGAAGCUGAUCUGAGCACAAAUAGUUCGCAUACAGCUCUUUACCAACUUACUCGCUGUCAACGUCGUUGCAAGCUGCGCCGGCCGAAAACCUUCCUUCAGGCGAUUCGUGACGGUCUGUUUCCUCGAAUCGAAAACAUCCAUCCUUGUACAAGUAGCUAUACUGCAACCAUGUCCGGCAUGUUCAAGAGUCCUUUCGGGGCAAACGCCAAUCCUUUCGGAGGACCUACCGAUGGACCUCCUGCAGGAGGCAAUGCCAUUCACCGUGUAAUCGAAGAGGAAGAGAAUGAUACUGUUACUUCUCCGACAUCACCAAAUUUCGGUAUGAAUACUGGAAUGACUUUCAACGGCCCAUUCGGCGGUGAUGCCGCAGACGACGCCGCGCCUUCUGCGCUGAGAAGCCCACCGAACCCCGAGAGUUACCCUGCCCAGUACAAUUUUGGCCGCCGAACCUCGGUCUCUGCUGAGUCUCUCAAGCCUAGCGCCGACACAUACGACAACUGGUCGCCCCCUUAUCACGAGAAGACCAAAGAGCAGUUGGGUCGUUUGCAAACUGCCAUUGAGGGCAAUUUCUUGUUCUCCCACCUAGAUGAGGAACAGAGCGGCCAGAUUCUGGGCGCGCUGAAUGAGAAACCCAUUCCCGCCAAGGAUAUCAAGGUUAUUAGCCAAGGUGACGCGGGCGACUUCUUCUACGUUGUAGAGAAAGGGUCAUUUGACGUAUAUGUCAACAGCAGCGGUACCCUGCAGCCUGGCCCCGAGGGCAUGGGCCAGAAAGUCGGUACCAUCCAGGCAGGGGGCUCAUUUGGUGAACUGGCCUUGAUGUACAACGCUCCCCGAGCUGCGACUGUCAUCUCUGCCGAAUCUGGAUGCACCCUGUGGGCGCUCGAUCGCCUGACGUUCCGCCGUAUUCUCAUGGAGUCGACAUUCGCUCGGCGACGGAUGUACGAGAGUUUCCUCGAAGAGGUGCCUUUGCUGCAAAGCCUCACCCCGUACGAGCGAUCCAAGAUUGCCGACGCGUUGGAGACUCAGAAGUACGCCCCUGGAGAGACCAUCAUCAAGGAGGGAGACCCAGGUCACGCGUUCUUCCUUCUGGAGAGCGGUGAGGCCGAUGCCUACAAGGGCGGGGUCAAGGAAUCUGUAAAGCACUACAGCAAGGGGGAUUUCUUUGGUGAACUGGCGCUUUUGAACGAUGCCCCUCGCGCCGCUAGCAUUGUCGCGACGACGGAUGUCAAGGUUGCGAGUCUCGGCAAGAACGCCUUCCAGAGACUUCUUGGUCCCGUUGAAGGCAUCAUGAGACGGACAAAGUACGAGGAGGUCGAGAGUGGUGUUGAGGAGAUGGAUCCGCUUCAAGCAGCCUGAGAGGAACUUGAAGAUAUUUGUUUUUGCGUAUGAUCCAAGUUUGGAUGGCAGACAUUGGGAAGGUUGAAGAGGGUGAAUGUCAAGAUUCACAACGGCGUUAGGCGGAACCCCCUACCUUCGCUUCCUAAGAGACACGGCUAGUGACGUCCAG